AUGAUGAAAGCUGGCUUCGCAUGUACCUGCGUCGAUGAUAUAUUACGAGCCACCAAAGCAUUAUCUCUACGUCAUUCGGAAUGGUUGCCUGCGGUAAAGGCGGCCCGCGGAGCCUCCGCCAUAGCAUAUCGCGUCCUUGAGUGUCCACUACUCCAGACGAACAGUGCUGGCGGCGUGGUAGAUCUGGAUCAUAUCGACCAGGUCAUAGUCGUCUUUUGUCCUCUGUUUCUAUUGAUCAUACGAGCAUAUAAUCACGUAGCAGUGUUGAUUGAUAUUGAGACAUCGUCGGCUCAGGAGCACGGAAGACAAAGCCGAUUCGAUCUCGAUUCUUAUGGCGGGCUAUGGGGGUCCCUAGGGAAUGGGAGGAUUAGAUGUGGCAACUAUUACAACGGGCUUCCCAUGGAUCCCCAGCAAUGGAGGCAAAGUCUUCGGACACUUCUGAAAUCAGAUAUACACGGCCUCGAUCUAACGAAGCGGGGUAACGAGGGCAACUCUUAUAUAUACCACCAUAACGGCCUCUGGGACUUUCUGCAGGAAAUGAAAAGCAGACUUUUAGCAGGAAAUCUAACUAUAUUGUUAGACUCCGGCGUCGUCCCGCACAACUCUGAAGUAGAUACUCAACAACUAGUCGAGGUUGUAGAGCAGUUUUUGAAGGAUCUAGUCAUCGCCUAG